GGGACCGGCCGCACCCCGGGCUCCCGGAACCCCGAGGAGCCCGGCAGAGCCCGACGGACCGGCGGCCGCGAUGCCGGACGAGCUGACGGAGCCCGGGCGCGCCACGCCGGCCCGCGCCUCCUCCUUCCUCAUAGAGAACCUGCUGGCAGCUGAGGCCAAGGGCGCUGGGCGCGCGGCCCAGGGCGGCGGCGGCCGCGAGGACGAGGAGGAGGACGACGACGACCCUGAGGACGAGGACGCGGAGCAGGCGCGGCGGCGGCGGCGGCUGCAGCGGCGGAGACAGCUGCGCGCGGGCUCCGGGCCGAGCGGGGACGCGCGGGCCCGGGCGCUGCUUGGGCCGGGCGCGCUGGGCCUCGGUCCCCGGCCGCCCCCGGGUCCCGGGCCGCCCUACGCUCUGGGCUGCGGAGGCGCCACGCGCUGGUACUCGCGGUCGCACGGAGGCUACGGAGGCGGCCUCAGCCCUGACACCAGCGACCGGGACUCACCGGAGACGGGCGAGGAGAUGGGCCGUGCAGAGGGCGCCUGGCCGCGGGGCCCCGGGCCGGGAGCAGUGCAGCGGGAGGCGGCGGAGCUGGCGGCGAGGGGCCCGGCAGCCGGUGCGGAGGAGGCGGCGGAGCUGGCCGAGGCCCGGGCGGCGGCGGCGGCGGGGGAGGCGCGCGGCGGCGGCGGGGGCGGCGGCCGCAAGAAGAAGACGCGCACGGUCUUCUCGCGCAGCCAGGUCUUCCAGCUUGAGUCCACCUUCGACCUGAAGCGCUACCUGAGCAGCGCCGAGCGCGCCGGCCUGGCCGCCUCCCUGCAGCUCACCGAGACGCAGGUCAAGAUCUGGUUCCAGAACCGCCGCAACAAGUGGAAGCGGCAGCUGGCGGCCGAACUGGAGGCGGCCAGCCUGUCCCCGCCGGGCGCGCAGCGCCUGGUCCGCGUGCCGGUGCUCUACCACGAAAGCCCCCCGGCCGCCGCCGCCGCCGGAGCUCCCGCCGCGCUGCCCUUCCCGCUGGCGCCCGCCGCGCCCGCACCGCCCCCGCCGCUGCUCGGCUUCUCCGGGGCCCUCGCCUACCCGCUGGCCGCCUUCCCAGCCGCCGCUUCCGUGCCCUUCCUGCGGGCGCAGAUGCCCGGCCUGGUGUGAGCCCCCGGCCGGCCAGGCCCACUCCCCGUGGCCAGUGGGGACUUCUGCGGACGCGCACACGGGCCGAGGCGGCAGCGGUGGCGCCAGGGGGCCGUCCGUCAGGGAGGGCAGGGACGCUCCCCUGGCCCUCCUGCGCCUCGGGGAGCGCAGGCUGCCGCCCGGGCGAGCCGAACCCCUGUCCGAAGAUCGGAAGAUCGUCCAGAAUGUAACAGAGACGCAGGUGACUGUGGCUCCCCAAACAGUCGCAAGGCUGGAUCCCCACUGGGAAGAGAGCAUCACAGAGACAGUCGGCCAUGCAGCCCAGAG